CAAAAUGUCUAUUUUAGACAUGUUAAGAAGAACAAUUUUAAGUUUAUUUUUUGCAGUGCAGUGCAGUGUAAGUGUAAUAAUGUAUGAUGUACAGUGCUGUCCACGUGGCAGCUGUACAGAGUAGGCAGCACGUCAGACACUAAAGUGAAAGUGAGAGUGAGAGACACACAGAGAGAAGUAAUGGCGGAGGGGAACAUAUCGGUGGAGGAGCAGCUGAGCUGUUCGGUGUGUCUGGACCUGCUGUCGGACCCGGUGACUCUCCCCUGCGGCCACAGCUACUGCCUGCGGUGUAUCCGGGACUACUGGGAUCAGAUGGGGCCGGCCGGGGGCUGCUUCUGCCCGCAGUGCCGGAGGAGGUUCCGCGUGCGGCCCGAGCUGAACCGGAGCACGGUGCUGGCGGAGCUGGUGGAGAAGUUCAGGGAGAGUCGGAGCUCCAGUAACCGGGGGUCCGCGGCGCCCCCCGAGGCUGAGGGGGUCUUCUGCGACGUGUGCAGCGACGGCCCGCGACCCGCCGUCAGAUCCUGCCUGGUGUGCCUGGCCUCCUACUGCGAGACUCAUCUGGAGCCGCACUUUAAAUCCGCUGCGUUUCGGAAGCACAGGCUGGAGCCGGCCCGCGGGAACCUGCAGGCCCGCAUCUGCGCCGCACACCACCGCCUGUACGAGUUCUACUGCCCCGCCGACCAGCGCUGCGUCUGCUACCUCUGCACUGUGGAGGAACACAAGACCCACAACCCGGUACCAGCCGAGACCGCCAGAGCCCAGAGAGAGGAGGACCUUGUGAAACAGAACAGGAUGACGAAUCAGAGGAUCCAGCGAAAAGAGAAAGAGUGUGAGGAUUUGAAAAAAGCAAUCAGUACUAUUACGAGCUCUGCAGACUCUGCAUGUGAUGAGACUGAGCGAAUGUUCAGAGAGCUGCUGGCUUCCAUUGAGAGGAGGCGUGUGGAAGUGAUUGGGAUGCUGAGAGCACAGGAGAAGACUGAGCGGAGAAGAGCUGAGGAAGUCCUGGAGCAGGCUGAGCUGGAGAUCACUGAUCUCAGAACGAGAAACGCUGAGCUGGAGAUGACCUUGCAGACCAGUGAUCACAUUGAUUUCCUACAGAAAUACCAGUCUCUGACACAUCCAUCUUGGACUGAAGGCUUUACCAGACCUCCUAACUAUAAUGUCACAUUUGAGAGAGUCACUCAGUCUGUUUCAAAACUACAGAAGAGCCUAGAGAACAUCUGCAGUGCAGAGAUCAGCAACAUUACUGAAAAAAUUGAGGAUGUCUUCAUCUUUCAGUGGGAAGAGCCAAAGCAAAAAGCUCCUAAACCAGCAGCACCACUGAAUCCCAUCCCAGAACCAACAACAAGGGAAGACUUCCUGCACUAUUCCUGCUUCCUCACCUUAAAGUCCAAGCCUGAGCACCCUAACCUGAGAGUGUGUGAGGGGAGAAGGGCUGUUGAAUGGGUGGGUUGUGAUUCAUCAGUGAACACAUGGCCUCAGGUGCUGUGCAGAGAAGGCCUUACAGGACGCUGCUACUGGGAGGUGGGGAGGAGUGGGGAUGGAGUUUGUACGAUAGGUCUGUGUCACGGAUCUAAGUGGAAAGGGCUCAGUCCGGCAGUAGGUUUAGGUCGAGACGCUGAGUCUUGGGGGCUGGACUGCUACCAGCUCUCAUAUGUGUUUCGACAUGAUAACAAAAGCAUCUCAUUUCCAGCCCCCAAGUCACCCACCAGAGUGGGAGUGUAUUUAGACCACAGGGCAGGAACUGUCUCCUUUUACAGCGUCUCCGACACCAUGACCCUAAUCCACAGAGUCCACACUAAGUUCACCCAGCCCCUGUACCCCGCCUUGGCUCUCUGGUCGAACGGGUGGCAGAUUGGUGAACAGUCAUAUUUCUUUACUGGUCAUCAUCUGACCUCUGAAAAAGGGGACAUGUACCUGAAACUGCUCAACCUCUGAAUACUUUUUCUUUUCAGAAAUAUUGGUACAGUACUCACUUUUAACCUUAAGAUUAAUAUUAAGUGUUUCUUACUUUUUGAAUCUGAAUUUGACAGUUCUUUUGAUGAAUGGAUGAAAUAGAUAUGCUAGUAAAUGACUUGGAAUAAAAUAUUUUUAAAUUGACUUUCAUUAACAUAAUGUUUUCCUCCUUGUGGGGAUAAAGGGCUUUUGCAUGACAUCACAACACACAUAUCCUGAUUUAUAUAUUACUAUUGCAUUAAAAAAUAGCAUUAAAAUAAAAAAAAUGCUUUUUAGUUUUUUUUUACUUUAUAAAAAAAUUACACAGUACACACUGCUUAAUUGAGUUAAACUGUUGCCUUAAUUUUAAGAUGUGCAUGAAUAAAUAAAUGCAUAAAUAAAUCCCUGCAUGUAUGCGAGUCGUUUUUUUUUUUUGUCAAGGACUGGUUAUUUUAUAUAUAGUGUAGUGCUGCCCGGAAAUAACCACUAGAGGGCA